CCGCUCGCAAGGCGCGCGAGGGCGGCAAUUGGUCCGCGUUGCCUCUCUUUACCGUCAGGCAAACAAUUGUCGCCAUAGCCGACCGUUCUUUUUCUUUCUUUUUCUUUGUCUACCAACCAUAGCUGGACUUCGUUCUUUCUUUCUUUCUUUCUUUCUCAUAUUGUCGUUGUAUCGGACAUGUCAUCGUCAGCUGAAGUGUCGCGGGGAAGCUUCGGCAGACCGUGUGGGCCGCCGCGCGCUAAUUGGAAGGGAGUAAGGACGAAGGUGAGGGGUGGGAAGAAAAUGGCGAUGGCGAUGGGCGGGAUCGGGGGGGGGGGGGGAAGUCACACGACCGCCGCUAGGGCGGUGCUCGUGCCUCUGAUUUUCUUGGUGAUGUCACUGAGUUUGUGCCACGUGGACGCAGCAGGUCGGUUCACGUUUCCAGGAGGAGCAGGGGGAACAGGGAUGGCCGUCGAGAAUGCCGCAUCGGCGACCCUUGAGCUGACGGAAGCCACGUUCAACUCCACCCUCCUCAAUGCCGGCGCGCAGUAUGCUCUCGUCGAGUUCUUUGCCAGCUGGUGCCCUGCUUGUCGAAGAUUCAAGCCAGAAUAUGACCGAGUGGCAAAGCUAUUUAACCCUCCAUCAGCUGUGUACCCUGGGCAAAUUGUUGUGGGAGCGGUAGACUGCGCGAAAGAGGCCGGUCUGUGUAAACGCUUUCUGAUAAAGAUGUACCCGACUAUGUAUUUUGGACCUGCUGUGGCCCUACUUCAGGGCGUGGGCCCAGAGAACAUGAAAGACCAGCCAAAGGGUUUUGAGAGAGUGGAUCCUCCACGGAGAACAUCAGAUGGGAUUGUCGAAUGGAUCAAUGGAAAGAUAUCGAGGUAAAAUAAACAUUACGUUUUGUU